CUUUACUGUGGCCACCCUGGAGAGGCCUGAAUAAACAGGAGAGCAGACGACGAAGGGAUAUGAUUGUGCACUUCCUGCUUGGCAACUACAGGAAGUAAUUGAGCUCUACAGGAAAGAUGACAAGCUGGGUCCAGGUCGCUCUUCUUCUCCUCUGUCUCCUCCUGUUAUGCCUGUCUGCAGCCGGGGACCAGCUGCAGGAGGAGGCGCUCCUGCACUUCUCCUCCAUAACGCCCAUCAACAACGUGGUUCAGGACCCCCGCAGCGGGCGCGUCUACCUGGGUGCCGUCAACACCAUCUACCAGCUGGACGAGGCGCUGCGUGAAGAGGCCCGCACCGUGACUGGCCCCAAGGAGGAUGCCCGCACCUGCACCCCGCCUGUCUCCACUCCGUACUGCCAGGACACCAAGCCCAGCCCUAAUGUCAAUAAGCUGCUGCUGGUGCACCCAUCCAACGGCUCACUGAUCGUCUGUGGGUCCCGAUACCGGGGUAUCUGUUCCCUCCUCAACCUGAGCAAUGUGGAGCAGCAACUGUACUACAGUGACUCUAAGGGGGAGAGGACUUAUGUAGCUAGCAUAGAGGACGGGGUAGCCGUGGUGGCCGUCAUGUCUACAUACGUUAAUAAAGACGGCAACACCUUUAAUGUGUUUCUGGUGGGAAAGGGCUACGGCAGCCUGGACAGCUCCAAACUCAUCAGCACGCGCAUCCUCCAGGACUACCGCGACUGGGUGGUAUUCGAGAGCAUCAUCGAGGCGUCCACCGUGCAGGCAACACCCUUCGUGCCCAAGUACCUGCACGACUUCCGCCACGCCUUCAAGGAGGAGGGCUUUGUCUACUUCCUGUUCUCCAGGACCAUGGGAAGCACCGAUAACAAGAACCUCACCUUCGUGUCUCGACUGUGUGAGGACGACCCUCACUACUACUCUUACACAGAGCUGCAGCUCAACUGUGGCCCGGGGAACAGGUACAACAAGGUGCAGGCAGCCUAUGUGGCGUCCCCAGGUAAAGAGCUGGCCCAGGGGAUGACGGAGUCGGGCCAGUAUGGUCAAGUACUCCCCUGGCACAAGGUGCUGUUCAUGGUGGCCAGCCCGGAUGACGACGGCGCCGACUCGGCCCUGUGCAUGUACCCUCUAAACACCAUCAAUGAGAGGCUGGUGGACAUCAUCAGUGCCUGCUACAGCGACUCGGGCAAGAUCGCAGGCAUCCCAGCUGUGGACAUCCCCUACUCCUACAAGACAGACGAGUUCUGCACCUCCCAUAUUGACAAAGACACUCUGAACAACUAUAAGUGUGGGGCGGACUUCCUUCCCUCUCCACUGGCCAGUAAGCCAGAGUUUGCCCUGCAGGCGAAGGCGGUCAUCAUCAGGAGGUGCCUGCUGACCGCUGUGGCCAUCGCUGUGGAGAAUGACCACACUAUCGCCUUCCUGGGGAACAGCCUGGGAGAGGUGUACAAGGUGCAUCUGACUGCCAACCCAGAGGUGUACAGUCAAGUGCCAGGGGACACCACAGGGAAACGCAUCAACAAAAAACUCUUCUUUGACGCCAGCCACAGCCACCUGUAUAUCACCACUGAGAAAAAGAUCACCAAGAUGCCAGUGCAGACGUGCCAUCUGAAAACAGACUGCCAGUCCUGUGUGUCACCAUGGGACCCCUACUGUGGCUGGUGUGUUCUGGAGGGCAGGUGUACCAGGAGGUCUGAAUGCCGGCGAGCGGAGGAGAAGAACGGCUGGUUGUGGAGCCCCAAGCAGCAGUGUCUGAAGAUCGUGUCCUUCAACCCACCCAACCUCAGCUGCAAAAAGACCCAGCAGAUUUUCGUGGGGGUGCCCAUUAAGAUCUUUGUGAACGAGUCGGUGGAGCUGGCCACCAGGUUCAAUUUCUACAACUGUUCACACUGUGAGAAAGCAGAGAGCACACCGUGUUUGUCGUGUGUGGCCAGCCCAUGGGGCUGCCAGUGGAACACCCAGGACCACACCUGCCAGGACAAGGACGACACUGUGUUGGGCCCUCAAAUCAUCAAACACAGACAGGGGGCAAGAUGUCCCCAGUUCGAGAACCCUGAUCCUGUGCUCAUUCCUGUGGGGUUCAAAACCACCAUUGGCUUCGAGGGCAUCAACCUGGAUGUUUACCAGGACCGGGUGUUCACCAUCGGCACAGAGCUGAUGAGAAACAUGGAGGAGGACGUCAGGGCUGAAGAUGGGCCCUUCUACAGCUUCAACGGUUUUAACUUUUCCUUCGAUAAGUCACAGGAGACCAACGUUCUGUUCUACGUGAAGGACAAACAGUCGGGCAAGAAAAUAGACAGCACGCUGAAUGUGACCCUAUAUAGCUGCUCGCUGGGCCGUGAGGACUGCAGCCUGUGUAAGAACGCUGACCCUAAGUACAGCUGUGUGUGGUGUGUCAAAAGGAAGUCGUGCGUCUAUGAGAAGCUGUGUACUAAUGACCAGGGUACAGAGUGCCCUGACCCACACAUCACUGACAUCAUCCCUCGCUACGGGCCCGUGAGGGGGGGCAUCUCUGUCACCAUCAAGGGCUCCAACCUGGGCAUCCACAAGGAGGACAUCAAGGCCAUCAGUGUGGUGGGGGUCCCCUGUAUACAUCAGGAGAACAAAUACGCCGUCUCCACCAGCGUGGUGUGUGAGAUCGGGCCCUUGGAUCCCCUGAGUAAAAACUGGGGCCAGGUGGAGGUGGAGGUAGAGGGAGGGAAGAGAGGAACGUCAUCUGCUUUCUUCACAUACCGGGACCCCAUCGCCCGCUCGGUGCACCCCGCCAACGGCUCCAAGGCCGGGGGGACGGUCAUCACCAUCUCUGGCUUCAACCUAGACACAGCCACCAGGGAGGACAUUGCCGUCACCGUUGGGGGGGUGGUGUGCACUGUGGAGACGUUUGGUGCAGCCAUCACCUGCAGGAUGGGAGAGUACAGGGCGGAUAAGGUUCCCUCUGACCUGCUCACGGUGACAGUAAAGUAUGGGAAGAGCACCACCACAGCCGUCCCCACAGCCUUCCAGUUCUGGGAGAACCCCACUAUCCUGGACCAUCACCCCAAGGGAAGCUUUGUGUGUGGUGGGAGGACCAUCGUGGUGACUGGAUCUGGGUUUGACCUAAUUCAGAACGCCAUCAUGAGGGUCCAGGCCUCGGCUGACAAGUGGGCCAGCAUAACUCCUACUGAGUACCUCCAGGAGGCUCUGAGUAAGAACAACACGGUAAUCCAGUUCCUGACCCCGGCCGUCAACAGGUCUUCUGAGUCCCAUUUGUUCAGGACCUUCAUCCAGCUGGACAACUGGGGGAGGGAGCUCAAGCCCUUCGACUACCACCCUGACCCCGCCUUCGACCCCCUCACCAAAAAGAUCAUCACCGAGACCUCCAUCAUUGUCGUCACUGGCCGAGGUUUCGAAAAAGCCAUGACAGCCAAAGAGGCCCAGGCGUUUGUGGGGGAUGUCCCGUGCUAUGUCAACGCCCUCCAGGAUGACAAGCUGUUCUUGGAUCCCCCGUCUAGCCAGCCCCAGGCCCGCUCCAAACGCCACCGCAGACGCAGAGACACCAGCUCCGACCCAUUGGACCUGCUGGGAUCCAAGCCAGCCGAAUGGAGGAAGAGCCAGCAGGCUGAAAGAGAGUAUGAGAAGGUGAAACACCAGCUGGAGAAUUUGGAGGAGAGUGUACGAGAUCGCUGCAAGAAAGAGUUCACAGACCUGAUGAUAGAGAUGGAGGACCAUACCAACGAACUGAGCGAGGGGCGAAUCCCCUUCCUGGACUAUAAGACCUACACGGACCGCGUCUUCUUCCUGCCCUCCAAGGACGGGGCCAACGAUGUGAUGAUCACGGGCAAGCUGGACAUCCCUGAGGCACGGAAGGCCAUCGUGGGCCAGGCCCUCAACCAGUUCUCUAACCUGCUCAACUCCAAGACCUUCCUCAUCAAUUUCAUCAAGACCUUGGAAGGACGUCCAGACUUCAACGCCCGGGCCAAGGUGUACUUUGCAUCCCUGCUGACGGUGGCUCUGCAUGGGAAGCUGGAGUACUACACGGACAUCAUGAGGACCCUGCUGCUGGAACUCAUGGGGAACUAUGUCGACAGCAAGAACCCCAAACUCAUGCUGCGCAGGUCAGAGACAGUGGUGGAGAGGAUGCUGUGUAACUGGAUGUCCAUCUGUCUUUACCAGUUCCUCAAGGACUCAGCAGGGGAACCCCUGUACAAGCUGUUCAGGGCCAUCAAGCAUCAGACAGAGAAGGGUCCAGUAGAUGCCAGAGUGAAGAAGGCCAAGUACACCCUGAACGACACGGGCCUGCUUGGAGACGACGUGGAGUACUGCGUCCUGACUCUGCAGGUGCUGGUGCACGGGGAGGGGCCAGACGUGACGCCCGUCAAGGUGUUGAACUGCGACACGGUGUCCCAGGUGAAGGAGAAGAUCAUCGAGGCGGUGUACAGGAACCUGCCCUACUCACAGAGACCCAAAGUGGACAGCGUCAGUCUGGAGUGGCGUCCUGGUUCCACAGGGCAGAUCCUGUCAGACCUGGACCUGACGUCCCAGAAGGAGGGCAGGUGGAGGCGCAUCAACACGCUGGCCCACUACAAUGUGCGAGACAAUGCUACUCUAGUCCUGUCCAUGGUUCUUCACACUCAACAGAACUAUUACCAGAACCAGGAUAACCAAGAGGAGAGAAACGCCCUGUUGGAGGAUGACAAGGUGUUCCAUCUGGUUCGGCCUGAUGAGCUGGAUGAGAUGAAGUCCAAGAGGGGCAUGAAGGACAAGUCCAUGACCAAAGCCAUCACUGAGAUCUAUCUCACACGACUGCUCUCUGUCAAGGGAACCCUGCAACAGUUUGUGGAUGACUUCUUCCGCAGCGUGUUGUGUUCCGGGUCGGUGGUGCCACCCGCCAUCAAGUACUUCUUUGACUUCCUGGACGAGCAGGCCCUCAAACAUGACAACGUGGAUGAGGAGACCGUACACAUCUGGAAGACCAACAGCUUGCCUCUGAGGUUCUGGGUGAACAUCCUGAAGAACCCUCACUUCACCUUCGACGUCCACGUGACAGAGGUGGUGGACGCCUCGCUGUCCGUCAUCGCUCAGACCUUCAUGGACGCCUGCACCAAGACAGAGCACAAACUCAGCCGAGACUCUCCAAGUAACAAACUACUCUAUGCAAAGGAGAUCUCCACCUACAAGAAGAUGGUCGAUGAUUACUACAAGGGCAUCAGACAGAUGGUAUCAGUCAGCGACCAGGACAUGAACACUCAUCUGGCAGAGGUGUCUCGGACUCAUACAGACAAACUCAACACACAAGUGGCUCUGCAUCAGCUCUACCAGUACGCCAGCAAAUACUACGACGGGAUCAUCCAGUCCCUAGAUGAGGACCCGGCAGCCCAGAGUAAACAGCUCACCCUGCGGCUUCAGCGGAUAGCAGCCGCCCUUGAGAACAAAGUGACAGACCUCUAACCCACUGGAGGAGCCACUGAGACGGAGAGGGAGGGAUGGAGGGAGAUGGUACCGUGCCACCAGUGUCUACAGGGGCUUAUUUAUCCUGGUGGAGGAGAAAGAAACAGAGAAAGGGGUCCCGCAAGGCCUUGAUGUUGACACCUUCAACCCAGCAGGCCCAGAAUGUGGGACAGAUCAGAGUCUGCAGAGUGGAACAGAAUAGGACCAAUGAAACAAAGACAGAUCAGAGUCUGCAGAGUGGAACAGAAUAGGACCAAUGAAGCAAAGACAGAGAGAUGAUGAUGGGUUACACAUGUCAUCAUACUGUAGGAACGCCUUAACUUAAGUCCACUUGCCAAACUGAAAUAAUUGGUCGUUAACACUCACUCUGGCUGUUCCCACAAUGCAACAGGGGCCAGCCCCGGGAAAUAAGCCCCUGUGUUGAACACUGCUUGGCACAAAGAGAUAAUCAGAUGUUCAAUUUCAUCCUGUCUAGAAAAGUUGUAAGAACUGUAUGAUAUAUUUUUUAUUGUGCAGUCUUUAUGCGGAAAGCUUUAUAAGGAGAAAUUAUCUUUUAAAAUGGACUGCCUUGUGGUGUGUAUUGUGUUUCUAUAGCCAGUGUGUGGAUGUGGGUUUGGGUUUGGGUUUGGGUGUGGAUGUGUGUGCGUGUGCGUGUGUGUGUGUGUGCACGGAAUGCCUACUGUCAGGCCAGAGGGUGGAUGCCAUAUCUGUUAUUUUAAUCUCCACUAGUCACUGACACACAGGAGCCCGUUCUCCCACUGAGCUCCUCUACACAGACCAAACGUUCAGGCUAACUAUACACAGGCUCUUCUUGGAAAUGACAGGCCGACUUGUGCCAGGUCGACUUGUGACAGGCCGACUUGUGAUUUUCCAAAUUAUCGGUUUUAAUUGUAUUUUUAUUUUGAUUCAUAGCUCGAUGGCAGGGUUUGGUUGCCAAUAUGCCCUCACACUGAAACAUCCAUAACACAGCUAUUUCCCCUUGUUGGAGUACAUUCUCACACAUUCCACUGGAACCUCAGUUAGUUUUGACCUCCAGUUUAUAAUGUUUUAUUUUUUUUAAGCUAAAUAUCUCCCAAAUCAUGUAAUAUAUUUUGAAUAGCAUUAAAUUACAUUUUAAGUCAGGUGAAUUACAUUUUACUCUGUAGCCAGUCAAGCAUACAUCCUGCAAUAACAUAACAUUUUUUAUGUGUUUUACUUUAUAGAAUUUGUUGUUUACCAUUUCAUCUACAGUAGUGAAACAGCAAUACUUUAGUACUUGAGUGAAAAUAUACUGAGGAAAUAUAAAUAAUAUGACAGCAGAUAUAUUAUAGUAGCUAACUUACUAAGUAAUAUGACCAUGAUGUUACAAGUUGUUCAUAGUGUUUUGAGUUUCCUUAUUCUAUGCCAAAUUACUAUUAAUAUCCCAUUUUGUAAGCUUCUACUAAAUGGAAAUCGUACACUUUUAAAUGAAUAAUGAUUUUAACAACAUGCGCCAUCGUUGGUAUAAUGUGUCACAAGUCAGGUUAAUUUAUUUACAGUGCCAGUAAAAGGUUUGGACACACCUACUCAUUCCAGGGUUUUUCUUUAUUUUUACUAUUUUAUACAU